AUGAAGACGAACGGUCCGUCAGACUCGGGCAGCAAGACGGAGUCCGGCGGACAGGACGAAGAGGUCGGACUAGCCGCCGCCGAUGCUACGGAGGCGAUACUCGAGGCCGGCCGGUUGGGCCAGUCGGGCAGGACGACGGAGGUGAAUCGGACCAACCUGAUCGUCAACUAUCUGCCGCCUAACAUGAACCAGGAGGCUGUACGGGCGCUUUUCUCUACGGUUGGCGAGGUGGAGAGUUGCAAGUUGGUGCGCGAAAAGGUGUCCGGUGAGAGUCUGGGCUACGCUUUUGUCAAGUUCUACACGCCCUCCGACGCCAACAAGGCGAUACGUAACCUGAACGGACUUCGGCUACAAAAUAAAGUCGUCAAAGUGUCGCUUGCACGGCCGAGUUCGGAGGCGAUUAAAGGCGCAAAUCUAUACAUUUGCGGUCUGCCGAAACGAAUGACACAGGCCGAGUUGAGUCGGUUGUUCGGCCUCUGCGGCCACAUCAUCACGGCUCGUAUUCUCCACGACGCCAAGACGAAUCUGUCUCGAGGCGUUGCCUUUAUUCGCUACGAUCAGCGCUCCGAAGCCGAGGCGGCCAUCCGUCGACUCAACGGCUUCGUACCGCCCGGCGCCAAUGAGCCGAUCACCGUCAAAUUCGCCAGCUCCCCAAGUCUGGCCAACAAACACAGUCUGGAGGCGGCCAGCUUUCAGACCCUACGAUCCGCAGGUCCUGUUGCCCUCGGACGAGGCGACUCUUCCACCAGUUGCGGCCUAACGACAACAACGACGACAGCAACCGUCGGACUGGCCGGGCAACCGACGAACCGAAAUGGCACUAGACUCAGCAUCUACUCACCAACCUGUCUACCGGCGGUUGCCAUGCCGUUGGCAGACCACAACGCCGUCAGACUGCACAACUCGACAGCCCUCCGUCACGGCUUAAUGACCUCUGACCUGACGACGGUUCAACUGACCUCGAUUACUGAUGACCCGAUGCACACACCGCCCUCCUCUCACCCCACCCCGCCUCAAUGCACGGCCUCGGAUUCGAGGCCUCCUGACCAGCAGAAAACUGGCGCCGGACUACCCAAAGAGCCCAGCUCUGGGCCGGUCGGCCCGCCUGUACAUGCCUCCAGAAUGGUGUUGCCGAGGCAGAUGCUCGUCGAUGCACCUUUGCCCGUUCUGACGGGCAGUGAAGUUGACGAAGUGGCAAUGCUACCCGCCCACCCGUCGAGGUCAUCUUCUCCCCACUCGGUGCCGCCCUCUACGCCACAGUUACAGGCUCAGCUGCUGAUUGGCCAGUCAAACGGACAGCGUCAGAGACAGGCCUCGAAACACCAUCAUCAUCAAAAUCACCAUCAUCACCAUCACCACCAUCAUCACCAUCAUCCGCAACAACAGCACCAACCUCAUCAGCAGCCGACCAUCACGACAAACACCUCUCGUCGGGCCUCGGGAGGGCCUAGUCUGGUCAAUUCACUUACUGGCACCGGUCCAGCGGCCCGGUUAGACUGGGCUCGAGCCAGUCGUUCAGCCGCAUUCAAGUCCGACUCAAUCCUGCCUCCAUCCGACGCCUUCAGCCGCCUUCAACUUGGCCACGAGUUGAGAUCCGAGGCCUUGCCGGUGACCCUUUUGGACGGCCAGUCGCACACAACUCCGCCCGGCAACAGCGAGUCCAGUUGCCACACGAGUGGAGAACAUCAGGUCUACUGCAAUGCCAACUAUAUGCCCUAUCAUAGGGCCGUCGGUCUGAGACCGGCAUUGGCAGGGCCCCAUUGCCCCGGAUACCAGAGGUCGUCGGCCGCCGACAACUUUGUCCUCCAAGAGGAGGCCUGUCAGUCCGGGCCCAGCGUAAGACCGCCUCGGGCCAAACUACCGGUCUGGGAGAUGAGGAAACAUCUGCCCUGUCAUGGCCCGGGCCUCGGUUUCAUGAUGCCUGCCUGGCCGGCAUACACGACCACCCUUCCCAUGACGCUGCCACAGUCUCCAGCUCCAGCAUUCCCACCUGCAGUACAGACACAGCCUGCACUAGCCUCAUCCUCGUCUUCCUCUUCCUGCUCUUCAUCCUCAUCGUUUCUGCCUCCACCCGCAGAAUCCAUGCCUGUCGAGCCGACAUCCGCAAGUCUGGUGGAGACGGCUCUGCGAGAUCUGCCCCCAACCGCCCAACAACUGGCAGCACCCGCUUUGUUGGCCAAUGCUGGCGCGUUGACAGCCUCCGGUUGGUGCCUGUGUGUGCAAAAUCUGGCACCAGAACUGGACGAUGCUGCUGUAUGGCAGUUGUUCAGCCCUUUCGGUGCCAUACAGGCUGUCAGGGUGAUCAGAGAUCCUGCCACUGGAGCGUGUCGAGGCGUUGGAUUUGUCACGAUGACCAACUACGAGGAGACAGUGUUGGCGAUCAACGCUCUCAACGGCUACAAAUUGGGCAGACGAUUUCUCCAGGUGAGGACAAAAUACGAUCCAAGAUCGUCCCCACACAACGCGUGUGUAUUCCUGUAG